AAAUCGGGUGAGAAAACAACGCACACCAUCCUGCUACAGAGCAUCACUUUCUACCCGAGCAUCUGGCCACCGCCUCCGGCUCUACACGGGACCUGUGCAGCAUCUCAAGACGGAACCAUGAAGAGACUCGCAGCAUCCAUACGUUAACACAACGCGCCCCAGACCGCCAGCUAUGAAUCAUGUGGCUGAGGUUUCUCUCCCACUUGCUUGUGAGCGUCCUUGUUUCCGGACUCCGGUCGUCCAUCACCACAGCGUUGCUUGUGGAGAAUGAGCCUGGUGGGGAUGCAGUUUCAGUGCGGGUGGAGCAGGAUGCCACUGCGCCAACACACACACGCAACGAGAGCGGUCAGGAGGUCGAACAGGCAAUCACAUACCCCUCUCGCCUCAUCUACUUCUUGAACGAGAACUCCGAGAGCACCUACCAUAACCUCAACACCUGGGCCAAGACCCCAGGAUAUCAGGGCCAGGCAGUUCAUUUGGCACAAGCUACAUUUCAGCUUGAAGCCUUCGGGUCCAGAUUCAUACUGGACCUCACGUUAAAUAAUGACCUACUGUCCUCCGAUUAUGUGGAGAUUCAUUAUGAGGAUGGCAAACCAAUCCUAUCUAAGGGUGGUGAACACUGUUAUUACAGUGGUCAGGUGAGAGGAGUUGAGGCCUCUCGAGUAGCUCUGUCAACCUGCAAUGGCUUGCAUGGCAUGUUUGAUGAUGGAGUUUAUGUGUAUCUGAUUGAGCCUCUAAAACAGACUCACUCUUUUGAAGGAGCCGCUAGGCCUCACACACUGCGCAGAACACCCAGCCUGCUGCAGUCUAAUGACCCACAGGAUGAAGGAGAUAAAGUGGAGCCGCUGUUGUCAGAGCUGGAUGACAUGUCUUGGCUGCGGCGCAGGAAAAAGCGUGCUAUCCCAAGGAAUGUGUUUGAAGAGAUGAAGUACAUCGAGCUCAUGAUUGUCAGUGACCAUAACAUGUUCAAAAGGCACAAAACCAAGCAGCAAACCAAAAACUUCGCAAAGUCUGUGGUCAACCUGGUGGAUGCCGUCUUUAAAGAACACUUGAACACACGCGUGGUUCUGGUUGCUGUGGAGAUCUGGACAGAUAAGGACCAAAUUCCAAUCACUGUGUAUCCGCUGGAAAUGCUGCGAAACUUCUCCAGAUAUCGUCAGCAGCACAUCAAACAGCACGCAGAUGCAGUUCACCUGUUCACUAAUGUGACCUUUCAUUACCAUCAGAGCAGCAUCGCGUUCGUCGGUGGAAUGUGUUCUGUGAGCCAUGGUGUCGGAGUGAAUGAGUACGGGUCUACAUGGACAAUGGCGGUGUCGCUAUCCCAGAGUCUGGCCCAGAACUUAGGCAUUCGGUGGGACGUAACCAGCAAGAACAAGGAGUGUGGAUGUGUGGACUCCUGGGUGGGUUGCAUCAUGGAGGACACUGGAGUGCAGCACCCUCGGAAGUUCUCGAAAUGCAGCAUAUCAGACUAUAAAGAGUUCCUUCUGAAGGGAGGAGGAUCCUGCCUCUUCAACAAACCCACAAAGCUGUUUCAGACGACAGAGUGUGGUAACGGCUACGUGGAGGUGGGAGAGGAGUGUGACUGUGGAGUGAGAGCCGAGUGCUAUAAGGAAUGCUGCAAGAAGUGUUCUUUGUCGAAUGGAGCGCACUGCAGUGAUGGGCCCUGCUGCAACAGCACCUGUUUGUUUUACCCACGAGGCUACAGCUGUCGCUUUGCAGUGAAUGACUGUGAUAUUUCAGAAACAUGCUCAGGGGACUCUGGACAGUGCCCUCCAAACCUCCACAAACAGGAUGGCCAUUUGUGCCAUCUCGACCAGGGACGCUGCUAUACUGGGGAAUGUAAAACCAGAGAAAGCCAGUGCAAAUAUGUAUGGGGGCCAAAGUCUGGGAGCUCAGAGAAGUUCUGCUAUGAGAAGCUAAACACUGAGGGAUCAGAGAAGGGGAACUGUGGUGAAAACGGACAAAAAUGGAUCCAAUGCAGCAAACAUGAUGUGUUUUGUGGGCUUCUGAUGUGCACUAAUGUUGGCCAAGUGCCACGUAUUGGAGUAAUAAAAGGAGAGAUUACCCCCACAACUUUUAACCACCAGGGUAACCUGAUUGAAUGCAGUGGUGGUCAUGUGUUGUUGGAUGAUCUGACUGACCUGGGUUAUGUGGAGGAUGGGACUCCAUGUGGGCCAUCCAUGAUGUGCCUUGACCGUAAGUGUCUGUCCAUCCAAUCCCUCAACAUGAGUGCCUGCCCGACUGGCCCCAAUGGUCGCAUCUGCUCUAACCAUGGGGUUUGCAAUAAUGAAGCUACAUGUACAUGCGAUACAACCUGGGCGGGGACUGAUUGCAGCAUGGCUGAUCCACCCAAAGAGCCCCCUCCAAGCGAAGAUGAUGGACCGAAAGUGAGUGUGGCCACUAACAGGCUGAUAGGGGCUCUAGCAGGGACCGUUCUGGCCCUGGGGGUUCUGUUUGGAGGCACUGGGUGGGGACGCGAAGCGGUCAAAAAGGGACGGUUCAACGAAAAUUCCGCCAUCUAGUGGAGAGAGAGGAACUCGACUCUUUGAUGCUUCUUUAGUAAUCCACAGCUGGACUGCAAUUAUUGCUGCUCUUUUCUGGCAUUAGUUACUUGAAAGAAAUAUUAUACACAGUAGAGGACAACUUAAUACAACACAUAUUUGUUGUGCAGCUUCUCAGCUCCACCCUAUUUUAACCCUAAAAAUCACUGAUUUGUUUUUAUAGCCAGGGCCACUUCUUUCAUACCAACCACCAAACUGAACUACCCACAGAGGCAUGACCCUGCAGAGCACCAGCUAAUCUUGCCACCCUGACCAAAGGGCUGCAUGGCUAUUAAUGCUUACCCAUAACAAGGACAAUAGAACAAUCAUGUAAACAAAGGUGAAUGGACAGUGUGCCCUUUCACACUAAUACAAGAUCAUCAUUACGAUUGCUGUUUGGGAUUUGAAAAGUGAAAUAAUUGGUUUUAGUACUGUAAGAAGAAUGAGUUUGAAUCGCAGCGUUGCAACUACUCUAGGCCUCAUCUUGGAUUUACGAAGACCUCUUUCUCAAUUUCACAUUUCAGUGAAUCAUCUGAAAGCAUUGAGCCCGGCUGCAUACUGUAUAUCGGCCUUAAUGGAUUACACAUAUCACAUAGUGAGAUGGAACAGGCUGGACUCGACCCCUCAUACAGGUGGAGAAAGAGUUAUGGUGCUGACCUAUAAGAACAUAUCAUUUUACACUGACUCAGUGUUUGAGCAUUACUUUCUGUUUGGAUGGAGAAUGUUGCUGACAUUGUCUGAAAGGUCCUUUAAAAAUGUCAUUACAUUUUGCCCAGUCAUUUGUCCUUAACAGAAGAAUAUACAUGUAUGUGUAAUGUAAUCUCAUCAUCAGAUAAAUGGUUAUGUAUAUAAGUAUGUGCAGUGAGAGCCAUUAACAUUACCUGUGGUAAGGAGAGCCAAGUAGAUAAUAGAUAUAAAGUUACUGUAUAGGAUGCUGUUUGCCAUUAAUGAAUUUGAUUCUAAUGGCGAUCCUUAAGCCAAAGAAUAUGAAAGAAACGUGUGCUGCAGGUGGAUUUACCCAAAGCACUUUUGUCCCUCUGGAUUACAGAUGAUUCUUAAUGAAAAUUUCACCACUAAAGUGAAUGCGAUUUAAGUAAGAUACAUCUGUGGUAAAUUUCAUUUAGCUUUCUCAGCUAAGCCAAUAUGGUGUAAACGCUUUGCUGCAUGCAUUCACUAUAAGGGGACUAAUCAAUAUAUAUGUAAAGGAGACCCCUAAACUCAUAAGAAACUACUACAACUGCAGAAGGAUACCGUACUAAGAGUGCAUGUCAGCUACAGAACUAACUUUUAUUUACUAUGCAAAGGAAAUUUUGCACAAACCCAAAGGGUUGUUUGGUGUGAUAACAAAUAUAUGAUUAUUGUACUCUCACCAAGCACUUUAUUAGGAACAUGAAUACUAUACUAAUACUAGGUAGGUCAUCCCUUUGCUCUCAAAAAACAUAAUGGAUGGAUUCAACAAGAUGGCUUUUGAAAUGUGUAUAAGAUUCUGGUUCAUGUUGACAUGAAUGUCACACAAUUCCUACCGAUCUUUUAGGAGCACUUUCAUGCUGUGAAUUUCCUGUUCUACCACAUCACAAAGGUGUUCUGAUAUAUUCAAAUGCAGUGAACUGGAAGACCACUGAAGAACUGUUACAGCAGCUGUUAAGUAGUUUUUAAGAAGAUGGGUAAAUUGUGGCCAUGAAGGGAUGCACAUGGUCAGCAAAAAUACUCAUAUAGUCUGUAGAAUUCAUGCAAUGAUUGGUAUUAGUGGGCCCAAAACAUUCCCCACCCCCGAAAUCAAAAUUCAGCAUUUAUCAUUCAUUAGAUGUCCAGUUUUGGUGAACCUAUGCACAUUGCAGCCUCAGCUUUCUGUUCUUGGCUGAAGUGGAACCUGAUGUGGUCUUCUGCUGUUGUAGCCCUUUGCCUAAACAUUUGACCUGCUGUGUAUUCCUAUGUGUUUCUGCUCACCGUAGUAGAUGAAUAAUUCUCUCAUCAACAAGAUAUUCAGUCCACAGAACUGCCACUUAUCGUUUCUUCUUUUCUUUAUGGUUAUAAGUAAACUCUAGAAACUGUUGUGCAUGAAAAUCCCAGGAGAUACCUAUAGAAAUACCCUCAAACCAGCCUUUCUGACACAAACAAUCAUCCCACAUUCAAAAUCACUGAGAUCACAUCCUCCCCCAUACUGAUGGUUGAUAUGAACAUUACCUGAAGCUGCUGGCCCGUAUCUGCAUGAUUUUAUGCAUUGCAAUGCUGCCACAUGAUUGGCCAAUUAGAUAACUGCAUGAAUGAUUAGGUUUACAGGCCUUCCCAAUAAAGUGCUCGGUGAGUGUAUACAAACCGAUGUUGCCAAUAGGGCACUUUUCCUUUUAUAACUUAGUCAGAAUAUUGUAGGUAUCACUGCGCUUCAUACUAAACAAAAAUGCUUGACAGCUCAUAAGAGUGUUGAAUGAAUGUAUUUUACUUCUGUGGGAAUGAAUGUAAUGUAUUGGGUUUUAAAUAACUGUAAUUACCUUAUGUGCUGUUUCAGGUGAGGCUUUAAAAUCUCACUUUUUAAAAAUGCGUUCUUUUAUUUUUCAUCAAUAAAACACUUACUCCCAUGUGAGCCGAGGCCAUACUUGCCAUCACCCCGUUUACUCACAGUACAUGUACAGAAAAAAGGUCAUUUGAAAUAAAAUAAUGAUCAAUAAACUGAAAGUAUUUUGAA